ACCUGCAGCUGCGCUCUCGCUUUCAUUUUGGGCGUCGUGUGAAAUUAUUUUGGUGACCCAGCGUUUGUGUGCGGGCUAUUUAAGUAGCGGCUUGCGAACGCUCAGCGCCCUCCUUCUCACCCGUCCCCGGUUUCCCGAGCUUGCAGGGUGAAAUGCUGAAGCUUUUUGGAAUUCAAAAGAGCACUGAGUCAUCUAAGAAAAGUGCACAACCUGAUGAGGAGGUAGAUGGUUUUGUUAUUUUAGGAGAAACGGCAAGUGAAAGGCAACAUGUGCCAGUUGAAGAUGUGACAGGCAAAUGCAGCCGAUCAACCAAGGAGGGACAGUCAACAAAUUUAUAUCCAGUACGAACAGAUGGAACAUGGACUGCUCAGCAGAUAAAACAAACGAUAGAAAGGUUUCCUGUAACUGCAGAGCUUCUCAGUGAUGUACCAUUUACUUUAGCCCCUCAUAUUCUGACAUUACAGGCCAGUUUUCACGAUUUCCCAGACACCUUGCAUCUACCAAAGAAUAUGAACGAAACUGUAGCAAACUUCUGGUAUGAUUUUACUCUUGAAAACUCUGUACUUUCUGAUUCCUAAACGUUGCAUGCUCACUGCAUAAAAUUACCAGCCAUUCUAAGCAUUGCAAUCUCAUGUCAAUUGAUUUAAUUAAUAGCUUCCUACAACAAUUGAGUUGCUAAUAUUGUAUUAAUAAUGGUGAAUCUCAGCCAGAAGAUUGUUUGUUUGAAUCACUCUUGCCUCAAUUAAGAGCAUCAUUCUUCUUGAAGAGAUGAUAGAGUCCCAAUGACUUUUAUCGUUAGCAAGCUUGGGAAAGAUAGAAGGAGGACACCUAUUUUCUUUUUAAAUAAAUACAUUUCUAAAUAAAGAUGUACAAUACAAAGUGGGAAGCUACCCUGGCAGUUAUACUGAUAUCAUACCUACCACAUCAGGAUCAAGUUUUCCAGUGCUGACCCUUGCCAUUGCAUACCUGUCCAUUUUGUCAGAGAUUUUGAUGUCCAGCAAGAAACAUGAUGUUAGAAAGGUCUGAUUCUAAAACAUUUUCAAAAUAAAACUUGUAAUCUGUAGGUGUUCAUAUCAGUGUCUGGCCUAAACCAUUCUCUCUUUGUCUUCUGGAGUGUUAUGUGAUAGUAUUGUGAGACAGAAAGGGAUUAAACAUUAAUAACUAUUUGUAUCUCUGGCACAUGUUAUUAAAUACCCAGAUUGUGCUAUGAGAAUUCUUAUUCAUGACUUCAGCAACAUUUCAUGUGAUUAUUGAGUCUUUCAUAUUUAUAGUUGGUAGGAUCUAGCGGGUAAAUAAUAGACCCUAAAUAAUUCCAUUCUGGGAUGUAGAAAUAUUAUACAAAAUGCAGGUCUAUCUGAAUGGACCAUUAUAACAAUGAUAAUUUUUGUUUUCUGAAUGUUCAUUUUCUUUUGAGCAUUGAAAACUAAUAUCAAACAAUGGAAUUUGCUUCAUAACAAUAUUACAUGGCAAUGGAUCUAAAUGUCUCAAUUGAGACUUUGGUGUCAUAAUAAAGUACCCUAUUUACUGCAUGGAUUGCUUUUACCUUUUUACGUGUCAUGUUAAUUGUUUUAUAUGGCUCUCUAAUGCGAGAGAAUCUCUAAUAGUUUCCACAUGAAAAAUUGCAGUUAUUAUUAUAGUCAUGAAAUAAAUUUUAAGAAUGAGAAAUACUUCCACAGAUUCUGUAUUGGAAAGACCCUGUGAUGUGAAAUUGUCUUAGUUGUACUGUGCCCUACUGUUACUCUCAAAUGCUGUUUUUGUUGGCUGGUAUUUUGUGGUAAGAAUAAUAGUGAGACUACCAGCAGUACUUGGCUUAUUACCCACACUGUAUAUAGUAGUAUCUACUGUACUGUGUACUGUAAAUGUGCCAAAAAUGUUAGGACUUGGCCAUUGAUAUGUAAGCAAUAAUCUCUGGCAUUGAAAGUUAACUUCUGCAAGUUUAUACAUCUGUACCUUCUGAUUUUUAUUCUUAAUUUAGCUUGCAAAAUAAUAGUUGUUUUAAUUUCAUUCUCUCUUUCGCUCUCACUCUCUCUCUCACACAUCUUUUUUUCCCUGUUCUCCUUUAUUUUGCUUUCUGUGCAUGAUUUUGCAUUUGAAUGAAAUAUUCAAAUUUAAACUUUCUGGUUUAAAUUCUAAGUGCUAAAUCUUGCUUCCCAGAAACAGUUAUGUUGGGAUCAGGUGAGUUGUUAAAAGGUGAUUUGUCAUACCUGUGAUGAGUGGAAUGCAGCAAUUGCACCAUUAUUAUAAAUGUGUUGAUUCAAUUAUGGAAAUGGUCAUUCUGUUUCCUUUUUGUACUACUAUCCAUAAUAAAAGAAACAUUCACCAGG